CCUCCCGGCCCGCGGAUGCUCCGGGGCAGCGGCGGCGGCGCCGCGCGGGGCCAUGGCGGCCCCGGACAGCUGCGUGAAGGUGGCCGUGAGGAUCCGUCCGCAGCUGCCCAAGGAGAAGAUAGAGGGGUGCCACAUCUGUACCUCGGUGACACCUGGCGAGCCCCAGGUGCUGCUGGGCAAGGACAAGGCCUUCACCUAUGACUUUGUCUUUGACCUGGACACGUGGCAGGAGCGGAUCUACACGACGUGCAUGGGGAAGCUCAUCGAGGGCUGCUUCGAGGGCUACAAUGCCACUGUGCUGGCCUACGGGCAGACUGGAGCAGGGAAGACCUACACCAUGGGCACUGGCUUCGACAUGAGCACCUCGGAGGAGGAGCAGGGCAUCAUCCCCCGGGCCAUCAGCCACCUCUUCAGCGGCAUCGAGGAGCGCAGGCGAGCGGCCCAGAGCCAGGGCCUGGCAGCGCCCGAGUUCAAAGUCAGCGCCCAGUUCCUGGAGCUCUACAACGAGGAGAUCCUGGACCUGUUCGACAGCACCCGCGACCCCGACGCGCGCCACCGCAAAUCCAACAUCAAAAUCCACGAGGAUGCCAGUGGGAGCAUCUACACCACGGGGGUCACGUCACGCCUCAUCAGCUCACAGGAUGAGCUGAUCCAGUGCCUGAAACAAGGAGCUCUUUCCCGCACCACGGCCAGCACCCAGAUGAACGUGCAGAGCUCCCGAUCCCAUGCCAUCUUCACUAUUCACCUGUGCCAGACGAGAGUGUGUGCCCGCCCAGAGCUGGUGAAUGAGGAGGUGAGCAGCCUUCUGGAUGGAUCCCAACCGGCUGCUGAGUACGAGACCUUGACAGCCAAGUUUCACUUUGUGGACCUGGCUGGCUCGGAGAGGCUGAAGCGCACGGGUGCCACUGGCGAGAGAGCGAAGGAGGGGAUCUCCAUCAACUGCGGGCUGCUGGCCUUGGGGAAUGUCAUCAGUGCCCUUGGAGACCAGAGCAAGAAGGUCGUGCACGUGCCCUACCGCGACUCCAAGCUCACCCGCCUGCUGCAGGAUUCCCUCGGGGGCAACAGCCAAACCAUCAUGAUUGCCUGCGUGAGCCCCUCGGACCGGGAUUUCAUGGAGACCCUGAACACGCUCAAGUACGCCAACCGGGCCCGCAACAUCAAGAACAAGGUGGUGGUGAACCAGGACAAGACGAGCCAGCAGAUCAGCGCCCUGCGGGCCGAGAUCGCCCGGCUGCAGAUGGAGCUGAUGGAGUACAAGGCCGGCAAGCGGGUGAUCGGGGAGGAUGGCACGGAGGGCUACAGCGACCUGUUCCGGGAGAACGCCAUGCUGCAGAAGGAGAACAGCGCCCUGCGCAUGCGCGUCAAGGCCAUGCAGGAGGCCAUCGACGCCAUCAACAGCAGGGUCACCUACCUCAUGAGCCAGGAGGCCAACCUGAUGCUGGCCAAAGCAGGUGACGGCAACGAAGCCAUCGGCGCCCUCAUCCAGAACUACAUCCGGGAGAUUGAGGAGCUGAGGACAAAGCUCCUGGAGAGCGAGUCCAUGAACGAGUCCCUGCGCCGCAGCCUCUCGCGGGUCUCUGCCCGGCCCCCCUACCCCGUGGGCUCCUCGCCCGCUGGCCUGGCCGGGCUGUGCAGCCCCGCUGCCCCCCUGGACACCGAGGCCUCCGACGUCCUCCGGCGGGCCAAGCAGGACCUGGAGCGCCUGAAGAAGAAAGAGCGGCGGCAGCAGAGGAAGAGCCCAGAGAAGGAGGCGUUUAAGAAGCGGCAGAAACUGCAGCAGGACAAUGGGGAGGAGACCGAUGAGAACGAGGUGGAAGAGGAGGAGGAAGAACAGGAUGAGAGUGGCUGUGAGGAAGAGGAUGGGCGCGAGGAUGAAGACGAGGAUUCGGGCAGUGAAGAGAGCCUGGUGGACUCAGACUCGGAUGCAGAGGAGAAGGCUGUGAAUUUCCAGGCUGACCUGGCAGAUCUGACCUGUGAGAUUGAGAUCAAGCAGAAGCUGAUUGAUGAACUGGAGAACAGCCAGCGGCGUUUGCAGACCCUCAAGCACCAGUAUGAGGAGAAGCUGAUCCUACUGCAGAACAAGAUUCGGGACACACAGCUGGAGCGGGACCGGGUCCUGCAAAACCUCAGCACCAUGGAGUGCUACACAGAGGAGAAAGCCAACAAGAUCAAGGCAGACUACGAGAAGCGGCUGAAGGAGAUGAACCGGGACCUGCAGAAGCUGCAGGCAGCCCAGAAGGAGCACGCCCGCCUGCUCAAGAACCAGUCUCGCUACGAGCGGGAGCUGCGCAAGCUGCAGGCAGAAGUGGCCGAGAUGAAGAAGGCAAAGGUGGCACUGAUGAAGCAGAUGCGGGAGGAGCAGCAGCGGCGGCGGCUGGCGGAGACCAAGAGGAACCGGGAGAUCGCGCAGCUCAAGAAGGAGCAGCGCCGGCAGGAGUUCCAAAUCAGGGCUCUGGAAUCUCAGAAGCGACAGCAGGAAAUAGUGCUGCGGAGGAAAACCCAGGAGGUGUCAGCACUGCGCCGUCUAGCCAAGCCCAUGUCAGACCGGGUGGCAGGCAGGAUGAGCCAGAAGCCGCCCAUGAUGGACUCGGGCGCCGAGGUCUCGGCCAGCACCACCUCCUCCGAGCCCGAGUCUGGCGCUCGCUCCGUCUCCAGCAUUGUGCGCCAGUGGAACAGGAAAAUCAACAACUUCCUGGGAGACCCCUCGUCCUCCAUUAAUGGGGCUCGGCCUGCCAGGAAGAAGUUCCCCAAGAAGGGGACGAGCCAGACCUUCAGCAAAGCUGCCCGCCUCAAGUGGCAGUCCCUGGAGCGGCGCAUCUUCGACAUUGUCAUGCAGAGAAUGACCAUCGUCAACCUAGAGGCAGACAUGGAGAGGCUCAUCAAGAAACGUGAGGAGCUAUCACUGCUGCAGGAGGCAUUGCUGGGCAAGCGGGCAAAGCUGCAGGCAGAGAGCCCCAAGGAGCAGAAGGGUCUACAAGAGCUGAACGAGGAAAUUGAGGUGCUGGGGGCCAACAUUGACUAUAUCAACGACAGCAUUUCAGACUGCCAGGCCACCAUCAUGCAGAUUGAGGAGACCAAGGAGGAGCUGGACUCCACGGACACCUCGGUGGUGAUCAGCUCCUGCUCCCUGGCCGAAGCCCGGCUGCUGCUGGACAACUUCCUGAAAGCCUCCAUCGACAAGGGGCUGCAGGUGGCCCAGAAGGAGGCGCAGAUCCGGCUGCUGGAGGGGCGCCUGCGGCAGACGGACGUGGCCAGCUCCUCGCAGAACCACGCCCUGCUGGACGCCCUGAGGGAGAAGGCAGAGUCGCACCCCGAGCUGCAGGCACUGAUCCACAACGUCCAGCAAGAGAACGGCUACACCAGCACGGACGAGGAGGUUUCAGAGUUCAGCCUGGCCUCGGAUGGGAGCAUCUCCCAGUCUUUCACCAUGAAGGGUUCAGCAAGCCAGGAUGACUUCAAGUUCAAGGGAGAGCCCAAGCUCUCGGGGCAGAUGAAGGCAGUGUCAGCUGAGUGUCUGGGACCCACGCUGGACGUCUCCACUAAGAACAUCACCAAGUCCUUGGCAUCCCUCAUGGAGAUCAAAGAGGACGGGAUCGGCUUCUCCAUCCGGGACCCCUAUUACAAGGAGAAGGUGUCACGCACCAUCAGCCUGCCCACGCGAGGAAGCACCUUUCCCAGGCAGUCCCGGGGCUCGGACACUUCUCCUCUGACAAGGCGGAAAUCCUAUGACCGUGGGCAACCUGCCAGGCCUGCAGACAUUGGCUUCACUCCACCCUCAUCCCCACCCACCCGUCCGCGCAACGACCGCAACGUCUUCUCCCGUCUCACGAGCACCCAGAGCCAGGGAUCUGCCUUGGACAAGUCUGAUGACAGCGAUUCCUCUGUCUCGGAGGUGCUGAGGGGCAUCAUUAACCCAGUGGGUGGCACCAAGAACGCCCGGACAGCCCCGCUGCAGUGUGUCUCGGUGGCAGAGGGACACACCAAGCCUGUGCUCUGCCUGGAUGCCACCGACGAGCUGCUCUUCACCGGCUCCAAAGACCGGAGCUGCAAAAUGUGGAACCUGGUGACAGGCCAGGAGAUCGCCUCUCUCAAGGGUCACCCAAACAAUGUGGUUUCCAUCAAGUACUGCAGCCACACGGGGCUGGUGUUCACCGUGUCCACGUCGUACAUCAAGGUGUGGGACAUCCGCGACUCCGCCCGCUGCGUCCGCACCCUCACGUCUUCUGGGCAGGUGAUCUCUGGGGACGCGUGUGCCGGGACCAGCAGCCGCACGGUGGCCAGCGUGCAGGGCGAGCACCAGAUCAACCAGAUCGCGCUCAACCCGGGCGGCACCGCGCUCUACGCGGCCGCCGGCAACGCCGUGCGCGCCUGGGAGCUCAGCAGGCUGCAGCCCGUGGCAAAGCUGAGUGGCCACAUCGGGCCAGUGAUGUGUCUGACAGUGAGCCAGACGGCGAGCAACCACGACCUGGUGGUCACCGGCUCCAAGGAUCACUACGUCAAGGUGUUUGAGAUCACGGAGGGCAUGGUGGGCAAUAUUGGCCCCACUCACAACUUCGAGCCCCCUCACUACGAUGGCAUCGAGUGCCUGGCCAUCCAGGGGGAUGUCCUCUUCAGCGGCUCCAGGGACAACGGCAUAAAGAAGUGGGAUCUGGAGCAGCAGGAACUUAUCCAGCAAAUCCCCAAUGCCCACAAGGACUGGGUCUGUGCCCUGGCCUUCAUCCCCGGGCGCCCCAUGGUGCUGAGCGCCUGCCGAGGCGGCGUCAUCAAAGUGUGGAACGUGGACAGCUUCACCCCAGUCGGGGAGAUCAAGGGGCACGACAGCCCCAUCAACGCCAUCUGCACCAACUCCAAGCACAUCUUCACUGCCUCCAGCGACUUGACAGUGAAGCUCUGGAGUGGGAGGAGGUUGCCUGCGGGGUCAAACUAGGAACUGCAGAAAGACUGGAAGGCUGGGGCAGGGUGAAGGUCAGGGUACCUCCCCCUGCUGCCAGGACUCAGUCACCCACAGGAGCUCAGCCCAGGACAGGGAUUUCUUUGUGCCUGACCCAACGGGGUGGACGAUGCUGCGUCUGCUACUUCGAGCACUGUCAGCUCCUGUGAGGAAGCAGCUCUGGGGGGCACCAGCAGCUCCACCUGCCCUCCUGCUGAGGUUUCUCCAUGGUUCUCCAGUGAACAGGAAAUGUUUCACCUCUCCUCUCGCCCAUCCUGCUGUGAGGACUUUGGGGGUCAGGGAUCCCUGACUCCUCAGAGACACCCGGCUCCCUCCUGCCACUGUGGGCCCACGUGGCCUCUGCCAUGCUGUGCUGCUCCCAGGCUGGUUCCUGCAGGAGCCUUCUCCACUCCACGAGGACAUUUGGUGUCUGCUGGCCAGGACCACAACACAGAGGGUGCUUCUCUGGAGCCAUUACUUGUGAGACACCUCUGCUGUGGGGACUGCAGAAGGAUUUCCUGGUACUCCCAGCCUCCCCUUUCCUGUGUGGAAAUGUCCCCAGUGGUUGGAGAGCUGCACUCUGAGCUCCUUGGCCGUGUCCCAUCUGGUGAGGCACAGCAGGCCUGGGGAGAUCUCCACUGGACAACUUCCAGACAGACCUGCUGCAGUUCCCUUUGACACUCUCCACACCCCAGGUGUAAACUCAACUGCCCCAUGGCUCUGGGCUCUUCCCCACGUGCCCAGCUCUGCUCUGGACGUCGUGGCCCCCAUCAGGGCUUCGUGCUGGGUUCCUGCAGCGAGUUAAUCCCCUUGGGACGGAGAAACCAAGCAAGAAUGGAGGUCACAGGGCAAAAGAGCCAAGGCUGGACUUGUCACCCCACUGCUGUGGCUCUGUCUGUCCUUCCCUUGGGUUGUGCCCUCAGAGCUCUGCCUGCACUGGGGCUUGCUCAGGCUGGGCCUGCUGGGCUGCAGGGCUGGAGAGGAGCCAGCAAGGCAUGGAGCAGCCAGAGCAGAGGGGAGGGGGUUGCACACUCUGCCCUCGCACAAGGCUCCUGAUUCCCCCUGUGCUCCAAGGACAGUCCUGCAGGGGAUGAUCUCGCACAAUCUCAUCUCCUUGAGGGUCUGGGGGCUCCACCCAGGAGUGUCUCCCCAAGGACGCACAUUCUGCAGGCUCCUUCCUCUGUCUCUCCUGUUCAAGGGGGGCUGGUAAGGCCCUGCUCUCACACUGGAGCUUCCCUGCAUCUCUCCAAUGGACCAUUGGACCAUCCCCUGCUCUGUCCUGCCCUGGGCCACCCAGGGCUCUUGUGGAGUGGCCGAGGAGACCCCAGGAUGGGUGGUCCUGCCUCACACACUCUCCUUUCCCCUUUGUCACAGAAGAAGCAGCACUUGAACUCAAAUUCAAGGAUUUCUCCGUGUGAUCCCACCAGCACUGAACUGGGAUCUUGGAGGCCAGGGGCUCCAGGACCUGCCCCAUAAAGCACAGACCAUUUCCCCUCUGCUCUCUCCAACCACGGUGACACCUGGACCUGCCCCAGGUCAGCUGCCACCAGCUCUUGUUCCAACAUUCUGCUGGAGUGAGGGGAUUCCUCUGCAUCAAGAAGGACAGGAGUAUCUCUGUUGAUUUUGGGGGGGAAGGGGGGUUGUCUUUUUUUGGGAAAAUUCCAUCCUGCUGGCUUGCCUUGGUGGAGGGUAAAUGGUACCUGUGUGUGAGUGUGAGAGUGAGUGUGAGUGUGAGUGACCCUGCCCAGGACUGGUCCCUGUGAAGGUGGCUGAGCCCUGCACAGCCAGGACUGGUGACUGUGUUGAGGGGAGUCUCCCACCCAUCCUGUGUGACCUGUGGAGCUGAGGCUGCAGCCAAAAAUGCACAGAGACCUCACCAGCCAAGGGCACACAGCCAUGGUGGGGGUCUGGGGGUCUGCAGGAGCUGUCUCCACCCUAAGCCUGUCUUGGCUUUCUGCACUCAUUCCUCAGCUGGUUUAUCCUUUGCGUGGCUGGAGGGGCUGUGUGUGCGUGUGGGUGUCUCUGCUGAGUGCUUGGCUGUAGCCUGGUGUCGUGUGUGAGCCUCUGUCUGCCCUGAGAUCUCCAGUGCCUGGAGCCUUCCCUGCUGCCAUGGGUGAAGGGGGCACAGCUGGGGUCACACCUGCCUUGCCUUCUGCCACCAAUACCUUCCUGUGUGCAGGCUGAAGGUGCCUGUUCAGCACUGCAGGGCUGAAGGUUGGUCCUGGGUGAUGCUGGGGCAUUGGUGUCCUGAGGCAGGGGGUUUGAAGUGAGGAGAGUCCUGAUUUAGGAAUAGCAUUCUCCAGUUUACUGCUCCCACUAAAACCCUGCACCUCUCACAUCCCCAUCCCCAUCCCCAGCAGGGUGGAGGGGGGAGUUGGAGGCACAAAAGAUGAAGAUCACAGAUUGAGAGAAGAGCAAUUUAUUGGAAACAGCAGUAAGAUAAAAGACAAACAGUAAAACAGCAACGAUAUUAAUAACAGAAGUAUCCAAAAGAGAGAAUGAUUCACGUGCAGAAUGCUCACCCUGACCUGCCUGCAGCCGUGUUCUACUGACCAGAGUAGACCUCUCCUCUGGGGAGAAGAGAAAAAUGGAUCCUUCCCCUGAGUAUCUCCAUGGCAUCAGGGUACACUGUGUGUAAAGCCUUACACUCUUGUGGAUCUGCUGUGCCAGCCUUGGACCCACACAGCCCAACAGGGCCCAUUGCUGCCCUCCCCUCCCCUAAGUGACAUUUGCCUUUUUAUUCUGAGCACGUGCCCACUGGAAACGGGGCUGGCAUUGAUCCUUGAAGGAUUUCCUGCAGCUGUUGUUUUUUCUCUCAGCUCACACCCCCAUGCUUGGGGCAGAGGUGGGUUUUCCUUCCCUCUUCCUCUUGUCCUCUCUGUGCCCAUGCAGGUAAAACCACUGGUUGCCUUGUGGUGUGUCCCCUCUUGAGAGAGGCUCUGGUCUGUACUGGUGUGACAUGGGACAUUUCCUCAGUCCACAGUCCAUGGGCUGGUCCAGUCUUAGACAGUCUUUUUACACAGUUGAGACAGGCUGGCAGGAAGAAAAAAUCAUGAUCUUCAUCAUCAGAGUUGAGGAGUCACCUUUAACAUUGUUUGUUCUCCUUCUGUUCAGAUCCCUGAAUAACCUCCCUAGAAAUCUCUUUCUUGACUCCAAAGAUUAUGCGGCCUGCAGUAAGGAGACCUGGAAAAACAUGAUUUCCUUAACAUUCAAAGGGAAUUCACAACUUCAAAGCUGUUUUAACAGGAAAAGUGGGUGAAAGGCUGGGGAAAAUCAUCCACAUCAUUGCCAAUGAGGCUGUGCUGUGUACAACCUCCUGGCACGUGCAUGGUGUGCACUGGACCUCAUCUGCAGGCACUGCUGCUUGUUUGAAUCCCUAGGGACCCCCUCUGCCACUCCCUCGGGUGCUGGGCACCCUCUCCAUGCUGCUCCACCUGCUUGGGUGCACUGCUCCAUUAUCCUCGAGGGAAUGCCUUCCCUCAGCUUGGCAGGAGCUGCUGCAGAGGUGAGAGUUGCUGUGCUCUUCCCUUGCCCAUGCCACGUCCCAGGACAGGGACAGUGUUUGGCUUCACUGCCAUCAGGUUCCACGGCGUGGCUUCAGCAUCCCAGCAUUGCAGCACUGGGGUCAGCAGGGGCUCAACCCCCCUGGCAGCUGAACCCUCUUCAGCUGUCCCUCACCUGGGGAUGGGGUGAUUAUCCCCAGCCCUGCCUGCUCCUGUUGUGAGGGCUCUGCUUCCUCUUCAUCCCUCUCCCUACAAACUGGAUAGAGAUUUGGAUUUCUUCUGUGUUGGGGCACUGCUGCCAGCACGGGUUGUUCCUGUGCUUCAGCUGCAGCUUGAGUGGCCACGGUGCUGCUGCUCUGCCUUCCUCCUCCUCCUCCUCCUCCUCCUCCUCCUCCUCCCGAGGGUGCUGUCUGGUGCAAAGCAGUGUCUGAUAAAUGCUGCAGUGAGGCUCCUCACUGGAACUGCUGCAACAUUCUCCUUGCAAGUGCUCUGUCACUUUUACAGCACCCUGUACUUCUUCCAAACCACUGGAGGAGAGAAUUUCUUCCCAAAGUGGCCCAUUUUCUCCCACAUUCCAUGCCACUCAUGACUAUUCCCCUUCAGGACAGAUCUCUGAAUAACCUCCCUAGAAAUCUCUUUCUUGACUCCAAAGAUUAUAUGGACUGCAGUAAGGUGACCUGGAAAAAUAUGAUUUCCUUAACAUCCAAAGGGAAUUCAGAGCUUCGAAAGCUGUUUUAACAGGCCUCAAGGGGGGAAAGUGGGUGAAAGUCUGGGGAAAUCAUCCUCCCCUGUUCCCCCCACAGGCUGGUCAUAAUUGUUAUUAAUGGACUCCCAAAGGAAGUGCCUGAGGUAAGGGUAGGAGAGCAACACUGCAGACAUAUCCCAAAUGACCCUCACUGCCCUUGGUGUUAUCAUGGCAUAAAGUGACAGGGCAAUCCUGAUCCCCCUCCCUGAGACAGAGGCUGUGAUGGGAACAGACAGAAAUAUGAACAGGGUUAGGUUCCCACUUGGGCAGACCAGAAAACAUUGUCACCACUGGCUCAGCACCUAAUGCAGAAAAUGUUUAGAUCAAAUUUGCUUCCUACCCACUCUGGGCAGAUCUGUGGUUAUCUCAACCAUUCAAGCCCUACUUUGGAUGAAAAAAAAAAAGCUGUUGUGGUUUAGGAAUGGUAUUCCCCAAUUUAGUGUUCCCACUAAAACUGUGCACUGCCACAACCCCCAGCUCCUUCCUUCCCUGUGGUGGAAUGGAGAGGAGAACUGGAGGCACAAAGGUGAAAAAAUCACAGGCAGAGAUAGGAACGAUUGACUGGAAACAGCGAUGAGAUAAAAACAAUUAACAGCAACAACAUUAAUAACGAAAGUGUACAAAAGAGAGCAAAUCACAUGCAAAUGCUCACUGCAGUGCAAGCUACCCUGAUUGGAAGAGAUCCCUUCUCCCUGGAAGAGACUCCCUUCCCCUUGCCCAGCAAUGAUGUGAGGUGGUCUGAAAGGACCUCUGGGCUCUGGCCAUGUCCCCUCCUGGCUACUGCAAAAAUUAACUCUGUCCUGGCUGGAACCAGGCCAGGGGUGACUGUGAUCCCAUAGCUCUGUGUGUGUGUGUGUGUGUGUGUGUGUGUGUGUGUGUGUGUGUGUGUGUGUGUUUGUAGGUCUCAGUACCUGUGUGGGUUGAUGUUUCUCAUGCAAAAGAGCAUUUUUUGGCUGUUGAUCUGGUUUAGCUACCUCACGGUGCAAGCUGGGUGCUGUCGUCAUUGGGUUUCCUGUUGGGGAUGGGGUGGGGAGUUUGUGGUGUAAGAUUUUUUUUUUUUCUCUUAAUUAUUGUUAUUGUUAUGGUCUUGACACUUGAAUUCGUCCUGGGGACACGUGGCCUCACUGCCACCUUGCUGCAUGUCUGAGCCACCCCCUGUGUUCCCAGCCCUGCCUCCUCCUGGGCAGGGCAGCAGGGCUGGAGCCCCUGCCCUGCCAGCUCCCCCUUUGCUGUGGGAUCCCCCAGAGCCAGAUUCUGCUCCCAUUUCUCAUAGGACUCCUGGGCUGGGGAUCUGGGGUGUUCCAUUGGUGAUUGGGCUGAUUGGCAGCCUGGGUGUGGCUCCCAUGUGGUCCCACGAAGGGUGGAAGGGGAGCUCUGAAAGGCUCAGCCCAGAUUUCUCCCUCUGCUCUCACAGAUGCUCUCUGUGGCUGAGAUGAAGCUCUCGACUGGAAAUGUCAGUGCAAAGCACAUUGCUGGGAUGGGCUGGCUCCAGCCACCACUGCCCAGAGCCAGCUGCAGGGCAGCAGGGCCUUGGGGCUGUAAAAGCCUCUGCCCACGCUGGGGAUGGUGUGUGAGAAGCUGAUUCUGGUGUGAGGUGUUGAUUUUUCACUCCCAAAAAACGUAGUUGUGUCAGAUUCAGUGCCAGGCACUGAACAGAAACCAGGGGGACCCUGGAGCCCCCAGCUCAGGCUGGCACAGGGCCUGGGGAGCCCCAGGCCAGUUUGGGGUGACACUAAAGCACAAGGUCCCAACGCAGGUGGGUCGACGAGGGGUGGCCCCUGGGACCCUGGCCCCCCAGAGCUCCAAUGGGACCAUGGGCUGAGACAGGAGGAGGAGGAGGACUGGGAUGAAGGCUCUUGGCCUGUGAGUGAGCUGUUCCAUCCCUGUGCACUGUGCUGGCUGCACAACUGAAGUCCCCUCUGGUGGUCUCAGAGCCCCUCUGAGAGCCCCCCCGGGGCAGGGACACUUUGGAGCUGCCUUUGUACCACACCUGGAUCUGUGACCAGGGUGUGAUCAUACCUGCACUCCUUCCUCAAGCUGCUGGGUCAUGCCUCUUCCCCCAGGGCCUAACUCUUGCUCUGGGGGUCUCCUCACCCCCAGCACACAGCUCCAGCCUCUGUGCAGGGGGCAGGGCUGCCCCAGGGCUGAGCUUUGCACAACAGGGGUGGACCAGAGUCAGGAGCCUAAAAGCACUGGAUCCCCAAACCACUGUGAGCCCUCCUGAGCAGUGUCCCCUCCUGCCACCUACAGCUCCGAUGGCACAGGCUGGGCUGGCCAGCUGCGAGCAAUGGGAGCUCUGGGUCCCAUCCUGUCCCCCCCAGGUGUGAUGUUCCUCCCCACCACCUCUCAGCACAGCUGCUCAGGGGUCUCAGUUGCUGCCUCCUGCCUUGGUGCUGCAAACCCAGUGCCUGCUUCCCACGGUGCUCUCCCAGUGCUCCUCACCCCUCCUUCCUGUGCUCCUCACCAGUCCUGCCCGUGCCCCCACUGGAGAGAGUCCAGGUACCAUCCCUGAUCCCUGCCAAGCACAGGGUUCCAGCUUGCUUCCCACAGGCUCCCUGGAGCUUCACUGUCUCCUGCAGGCUGCACAUCCUCCUGAGCCCCCCUCACCCUUCUGGGAAGGGACGAGGACCCUCAGCCCCUCCAGGUGCUGCAUGGUGCUCCAGCUGUGACUGGGACAGGCCCAGCUCCCAGAAAAGCAGAGCCCUGCACCUCCCUCCUGCCCAGGGCUCGUCCCCUCGCCCAGCACAGCUCUGCCCUGGCUCCUUCCAGCUCUGCCCUGGCCUGGGAGCCCCGGGUGCAGCCCAGCGAGGCUGGGGCAGCUGCAGCACUGUGUCCCCUGCUCCAUCUCUUUCUGCACAAGGAGCACAACAGCAGAUGCCUUUUCACACUCGGAGCUUUUUCCAGAGGCCAGCUGCUCUGGAGGCUGCUGUGGCCUCUGUGGGGGUUUGUCAGAGCAUGAGGUGUGUGUGUGUUUUCUACCUUGGUGUGUUCCUGUAAAUAGUGUAAGUUAUUGUGCUCUCCUGCUGUACGUUUUUUCAAUGGCUGUUUGUUUCUUGCCUUUUUGUCUUUGCAAAUAAAAUGUUCUGGACAUGAA